AAGAUCACCCGAAGAAGAAGAAGAAAGCGGAAGAAGAAGAGAGAAAAAAAAAAAGAAUCGGCAAAUGGCUGCGAAUGCCGAAAUCUUUCUUUAAAACAUUGCAGCGCUAGUUAUCAUUAAUCUUAGUGAUUAGUAAAAACCAUAGAAAGAUAUUCAGAGGGGUUGUAGCUCGUACGGUGAUUGUUUGUGUCUUGCGGCGGAUGGUAAUUAUAGCACUUACGAUUUUUUGAUGGCGCUUGUUUACCAAUAAUUAAUGAUUUUGUUUGAAGGGACGUAAACAAACUGAGCUAAUUUUAGUCUUCAGUGAUUGGCAUCGUUGGCUGUUCGCUCAGGAAAAUUUGAUCUUCCUGCGACGGUUUCCUGCUCGCUUGAUAUUACAUAAUGAGGCGCUAAGCUGCUGCCGUGGGUUUACUCGUCAAUCUUUUGAAACAAAAUUACUUUUUUCUUUCUGACGACGACAUAAAUCUUUGGGCCUUUUUCACUAUGGGGAUCAACAAGGUGUACAUUAGCAUAGGCUAUGCUAGCUUUGGUACCCUGGUUGGAUUUUCAGCGUUCUUGGUCUGGAACAUCGCCUUCAAACAGCCCUGGACGGCGGCCAUGGGAGGCCUGUCAGGAGUGUUGGCGCUCUGGACGCUCAUCACACACAUCAUGUACCUACAGGACUACUGGCGCACAUGGCUCAAGGGCCUGAAGUUCUUCAUCUGUGUUGGCGUGCUCUUUUCAGUUCUGGCUGUCGCUGCCUUCAUUACCUUUCUAAGUCUGGCCAUCACAAUGAAGCAAUCUGUCACUGACCCUCAGAGCCUGUACCUGUCCUGCGUGUGGAGCUUCCUGACCUUCAAAUGGUCUUUUCUCCUGACGUUGUACUCGUACAGAUACCGACAGGAGUUUGCCGACAUCAGCAUCCUUAGUGACUUCUAGUCAGUAGGAUUUUAUAGACGUUAAUGGAGCUGAUCAUUUGUAACCAAGAAGAUGGAAAACGGACAUGGUGAGAUUGAAAGUUGUGACUUUGAUCACGUGAAGUUGCACCUGUUGAACAAGUUUCUUUUCUUGUAACCUGUUCUCCCACUUGUUACAAAGACUGUCCUCCAUGCACUGGAAAUGCAGGGAGUUUUUCCAGCAGACUUUGUUUGGAUUGUUGUAUUGUAGGAGCGCUUUGUUCAAAGAAAACCACUACCACAGUGCGGUUGUAACCUCAUGAUUACAACCAGCAAAGCCAACAUUCUUGUGAAACAAAAAUGUUCUACCUAAAUCCAUAAAGAGUAGGUAGAAAGAUUGCAUUUACAGGAAGUGCUUGUUUGAAUAAACAGCAAAUGAGUGCAUCUUAAAAACAACAAAAUCAUCAUCAAAUCUCCAAAGAAUCUAGAAGCAGCUGUCAGAUCUGUCACCAGAACCAAAUUCUGGUUGUUAGUGCCGCUAAAAUUUCAUUAGUUUUGAUUUUAAAACGCUAACGAUGUUGUUUGUGGAGCUUUUCUACAACAGGCCCAGUGGUAAAAGUACAACAGUACGUGUAAGGAUGUGAAAUGUUUUCUUUACGAUUGUAUGCUCAGUUGAAGUUGGCUGCCAAUGAAUUCUUUAAAUGAGUUUGUUUCCUGUGAUUGCUUCUAAUGUCCAGAGGGUCCUGAU